GCGAUUUCUGUGGCGAGUUGAAAGUUGUGGGAACUACGUCUGCAAUAAUAAUAGAUCGUGAUUAAUUUGUCUUGUGUUUACAUGUCGGUCUAGAGUUUAAGACAAAUUUCAAAGUCAAUAAGAAGAGUCUAGAGAAUAAUUUAAAAAUCAUGCAUUAUUCUAGGAGUGAUUCUUUAGAUUCUCUGCCUUUGCCAUUGUUUUGCAGAAUGUAUUGUUCGGAUGCAGCAGCUAAAAGGUAUAAAUACCUGAGAAGAAUUUUGCGUUUUGAGCAGAUGGACUUUGAAUUCGCAUUCUGGCAAAUGGUGUAUUUAUUCGUCUCACCCCAAAAGGUCUACAGAAACUUCCACUACAGAAAACAAACCAAAGCUCAGUUUGCAAGAGAUGACCCUGCGUUUCUGGUUCUUCUAGCAAUGUGGUUGUUUGUUUCCUCGAUCGGCUUUGCUUUAGUUUUAAAACUGAGCUUUUACGGAUUUCUCAAAUUCUUCCUCUAUGUUGUCCUCGUCGAUUGCAUCGGUAUUGGUAUUCUUGUGGCGACUGCCUUAUGGUUCGUCACAAACCGAUUGAUGGUAAAGCCUGCUUGUCGAGACCAAGAUGUUGAGUGGGGAUAUGCAUUUGAUGUUCAUCUUAAUGCUUUCUUCCCUGUGCUCUUCAUUUUGCAUGUUGUCCUAGUGCUCCUUUAUCAUGUUUUCAUUGCCCAGCCAUGGUUUAUUUCUCUUCUCUUUGGCAACACCCUGUACUUGAUGGCAGUUGGAUAUUACAUUUACAUCACCUUCCUUGGCUACAGCUGCCUUCCAAUUCUGCAGAACACCCAAGUCCUACUGUACCCCUUAACUGGGUUGAUUUUCUUCUACGUUUGCUCUUUGGCGCUGACAACCAACAUCAGCACAAUAGUUAUGGAUUUCUACUAUUACCGUGUUGCAUAAAAAAAUCAAAUGUGGAUGUGGACUGAUGAGAAAAACAAAAUAGUGCUGUGAGCAUUUCACGCUCCUUCCUGGCAAAGACUUUUAAGUGGUAAAUGAGUAAAAUGGAGUUGCUUUGACUUAUUAACAAGUGCACCGAGUUUUGUACCAUAUUUAAUUUUCAUAAAUUCAGUCUUAUUGUUGCAUAAUAAAUUAAUUUAAAUAUCUUAUAAUACUGUUCUU